AAAAAUAGAAUUCUUAAAUACAAUUCAAAAUUUUGCAACCUUCUUUUUUCUGGGAAAGGAUUUGUGUUCUUUACAGGAUCUCUCUUUCCGCGUUCCAAAAUCGCACUGAUUCUCUCAUCUUCGUAAUCGAAUCUUCUCUUAUCCUUUGACUUCGGUCAGUAAAAAUUUAUCAUGUCGAGGAAUACAGAGGAAUGUUAUCUGCUUUUUGGAAUGUAAGAGCGCAUAUGUAAUGGUGGAAUGGAAAGGAAAACAAUAGAUGACUUUGAACCAGGUCCACUUCCUUCGCCCAAGCAAUUAGACAGGUUUGGAUUCUUAAAACAGGAACACAAUAGUUCUUCAGAUGCUUUAAUCAAGAACAGAUCCACCCAUGUAAACGAGAGGGAGGAAAGGAGAGUUAGAAAAUGGAGGAAGAUGAUUGGAGUUGGAGGGAGUGACUGGAAGCAUUAUGUUAGGAGAAAACCUCAUGUUGUUAAAAGGCGUAUAAGGAAAGGUAUUCCCGAUUGUUUAAGGGGUCUUGUUUGGCAGUUGAUUUCUGGAAGUCGAGACUUACUGUUGAUGAAUCCUGGAGUUUAUGAGCAAUUGGUAAUAUAUGAGACAUCAGCCUCUGAAUUGGAUAUCAUUCGAGAUAUCUCUCGUACCUUUCCUUCUCAUGUCUUCUUCCAACAGAGACAUGGACCUGGUCAAAGAUCUCUCUACAAUGUUUUAAAGGCAUAUUCGGUUUUUGAUCGGAAUGUUGGAUAUGUUCAGGGGAUGGGAUUUUUAGCUGGUUUGUUGCUUCUCUAUAUGAGUGAAGAGGAUGCAUUCUGGCUGUUGGUCGCAUUACUUAAAGGUGCAGUUCAUGCUCCAAUGGAAGGAUUGUAUCUGGCGGGGCUUCCUCUAGUGCAGCAGUACCUAUUUCAAUUUGAUAAUCUUGUGAGAGAGCAGCUGCCUAAGCUUGGAGAGCAUUUUACACGGGAAAUGAUAAAUCCUAGCAUGUAUGCGAGCCAAUGGUUUAUUACCGUUUUCUCUUACUCUUUUCCCUUCCAUUUGGCUCUACGAAUUUGGGAUGUCUUUCUUUAUGAGGGUGUUACGAUUGUCUUUAAAGUCGGUUUGGCUCUUCUAAAGUACUGCCACGAUGACUUGGUAAAGUUGCCAUUUGAAAAACUCAUACACGCUUUGCGAAACUUCCCGGAGGAUGCAAUGGAUCCAGAUACAUUAUUGCCCAUGGCUUACUCAAUUAAAGUACAUUCCUUUCUAUCUACCUCCCCCCUCCCCCAAGCCCCCCUUGGCAAACAAUGAAAAUGAACAUAAUAUUUGGUAUCGAAGCAGCUGGAGGAAUCGAAACAACUGUAUGAGUCGAAGCAUGGGAAGGAUAUUCAGGAUGAAGCUGAUACAAGUGGGAAACAAGAACAGCUGCAGUGAAGGUUUCUUUUCCCUCUCUCAUUGGAUCUAAGUUUAGCCAAUGGAAAUCAAACAUAAAUGAUUAAUUUUUGUUUAUGAUUUCUGUCUGAGCUUCUGAAUUGUGUAGGAUGUAAGUUAAAUGAUGCAUUUGCACAAUCAUCAUUUAUCAUUUGCUGGAGAUAUAGUACACAUGCUUUGUAAAUUCCUAGUCCUACCCUUUUUGUUGACAAAAAAGCUCAUGAAAUUUUCACAACUUAUAUCUAAUGGUCAAAUGUUUAAAUGUUACCGUAUAAAUUUCAUCUGUUGAAUGAAGGUAUACCUUCUUUUUUU